AUGGCCUCGUUUCUCAGGGAUCGACGCGUGUGGGAGGCCAGUCUGAUAGCGGUGCAAGAGCCCUGGAAGAACACUUUCUCUAAUACGACACACCAGCCAGUCUCCUCGCUAUUCCAGCUUGUCUAUCCCAGCACGAGCCCGGAGGAGCCUCCUGGUGUCUGUCUAUAUGUGUCAAAGAAACUAGACCCAAGAGAGUGGUCUUGCACGCUGGUGGACCGGGAUUACCAAAUUCUGAAGCUCCGGAAGGCCCAUAUAAACGGCAACUGGACUGAUCUAUUCGUGCACAAUAUCUACAAUCGGCCCGGCUCCGGCAUGCCGGACAAGCUGCGCCACGAGCUCGGUAAGCGGAAAGAGGGGGAGCAUGUUAUAAUGGGCGACUUUAACGCCCAUCACCCCGUCUGGGGGGGCCCUGGCGUUGCUACAGAGCCUGAAUCGGAGGAAUUCCUGCUGCUGGCGGACCAGUUCAAGCUAGAUAUGCUGACGGAAUGUGGUAAGCCCACGUGGGAGCGUGGAGGUAUGGAGACGGUGAUAGACUUGACCUGGGUCAGCGAGGAACUAACCAGUCGACUGAUUAAUCAUGGACGUGCGGACGAUAUUGAGCACCAAUCUGACCAUUUCCCCAUUCGGACGACGCUGGAUGUGACGACGCCGCUGUUUGAGCAGCCGCAACGUCGAAAUUGGACCGUAAUAGACGACAAAAUCCUCACAGAAUUCAUCAACAAGCAUAUUCCGUCAGCACGCGAUUUGUCAGCUGCUGGCAAGACCCGAAUUGAGCUUGAGACUCAAGCCUUCAUCCGAACUAUUCAAGCGGCAGUGGAAGCCUCCACUCCAUGGGCCAAGCCGUCUGAAUGGGCGAAUUCCGACUUCACCCCGGAGUGCCGCGAGGCGGUUAAGGCCGUUCGCUAUCUCCGGAGGCGGUGGACCCACACACAUGACCCGCUGGACGAGCUCCGUUAUCACCAGGCCCGCAACGAUAAGAACCGGCUAAUCAAGAGCACGCUCAGCAAGGCCCACCGCAAGCGGGUGCAGAAGGUGGUCGAGGAUGGUCCCCGGGGCAUGUGGCGACUGGCCAAAUGGGCCCGUAACCGCAGCGGCGUAUAUGAGCGUGGCCUAACGCCAACGUUACGUGCUCGUGAUGGGUCAGCAGCCGAGUCUGUGGACCAGAAAGCUGCAGCUUUCCAACAAGCCUUCUUCCCGCAGCCGCCAGACGCGGAUAUGACGGAUACACACGAAUAUAUAUAUCCAGAAGACGUCAAUUUUCCUGAAAUUCAGCAGCAUGAGAUCAUGGAAGUCAUACGUGCGUCUCCAGCAGGCAAAGCGCCUGGAGAAGACGCAAUUCCGAACUCGUUCUGGCACAAAUUGGUCAAAAUUCCAGCUAUUCUCAGCACGUUGCACCAGCUAUUUAACGCCUAUAUUCGAACUGGAUACAAUCCCACCCAUUUCCAGCGCUCAAUCACCGUCGUGCUCCGCAAGGCGGGUGACAGAGACUACCAGGAACCUAAAUCCUACCGACCAGUUGCUCUUCUCAAUACAAUUGCCAAAUUUCUCGAGUCCGUCGUCGCUAGGCGCAUCUCAUACGCCGUCGAGGAGCACGGACUGUUACCCAAAGGCCAUCUCGGCGGCCGGCGGGGCAUAUCCACCGACCAUGCUAUCCAAAUCAUGCUAGAUCGGGUCCGAAGUGCAUGGGGGCGGGGCUCGAUCGUAUCCUUGCUUAUGCUCGACGUUUCAGGCGCAUACGACAACGUGUCUCAUGACAGAAUGAUCCACAAUCUCCACAAACGACGUCUCGGGCAGCUAGCGCCGUGGAUACGCGCAUUUCUGACUGAUAGGAGCACCCGAAUUCGUAUGCCAGAGGGCACAUCCAGGCGCAUUCCCACGCCGACGGGUAUUCCACAAGGCUCGCCGCUAUCUCCAAUUCUCUAUCUCAUCUACAACGCGGACUUGCUCGAAGACAGCCAGACACGGAGCGGAGACCUCUCUACAAUGGGCUGGGUCGACGACGUGGGCUUCAUGGCGACUGGUAAGACAGAGAAACAGACUAUUUCAAAGCUCGAAAAAGCGUGUGAGAAAGCAGGGACUUGGGCCAGCCGACAUGCGUCAGUUUUCGACCCGAAAAAGUACAAUUUAAUCCAUUUUGUGCCGCCAGGACGGAGGCAGGAAGGUCGCCUACUUCUCGUCAAAGGUCAAGACGGGCUCACCUCAAUCAUUGCACCUGAGCAUGCAGCAGCGAAAUACCUCGGCUUCUGGCUUGAUCCGCAACUCACAUUCACACGCCAUCAUGACAAGGCAAUCAUCAAAGGCAGCACGUCUCUACAAGCUCUACGGAGCCUUGCUGGCUCCACGUGGGGUGCGUCUACGUCAGCAAUGCGGCGGAUAUAUCAGGCAGUCGUGGUGCCGCAGCUGCUCUAUGGGGUGUCAGCGUGGUAUCCAUGGCACGAGAAAGGGAAGUGUAAGCAUAUCAGCAGCAAAUUCGCCGCAAUCCAGAAGCGUGCGGCAUGCCUCAUCGGUGGAGCAUUCAAGACAAGCUCCGCAGAAGCACUCAAUAUUGAGCUUCACCUUCCGCCAAUCGGUAUUCAGAUGGAGCGCAUCUCCGCGGAGACAGCCCUCAGAAUUCGAACAGGUCCAGCACAUGGAAUUCCACAGCUCAUGAUCCGUCAGCGCCCGCAGCAGCAGCGUCAGCGAGGUGGAUGGUCGCCGAUGGAGGCACAUGCGUGGAUGAAGGGCGGAUGCUUAACGGCUCCCCCGGGAGCUGUGGCAGGCGCAUGGGAGAGUCGGUGGGCAUACGUCCGAGCGCCGUGGCAGGUGCCUCCGGACGUGCAUAUCCUGGAGCGUGACGAGGCGGUGAAGGCGCACACUAAGAUUGGUAAGAAAGGUGAGAAACUAAUCAUUUACACGGACGGAAGUGGAAUAGAUGGGAAAGUGGGUGCAGCAGCAGUGGUUGACACCACGCAUGAGCACCGCCAUUGCCAGAUGGGCACGGAACAGUACUCAACUGUCUAUUCCGCGGAGCUUAGGGCAAUAGAGAUGGCGCUAGAAUUGGUGCAACCAGAACGAGCCAGGGCUGGCGUCGUGGUAUUCUCUGAUAGCCAGGCUGCUCUCCAAGCACUUGUCCGACCGCGUAUGCCGUCGGGCCAGGUGUAUCUCCGUGGCUGCGUCCAGAGCCUCCAGCAUCUCAACAACCAGGGUAUCCACGUCGAAUUCCGGUGGAUUCCAGCCCACCAGGGUAUUCCAGGCAACGAGCUCGUCGACGAACACGCAAAACAGGCAGCCAAGGCGGAGACAGCAGGCCCAUAUGACCGCCAUAUCAAGCUUGCCGCUGCGGCAAAACGUGGAAUUCGCGACCAGGCGAAAUUCGCGUGGGAGGCAGCGUGGGAGAGGGAGAAGAGGGUAGGAAGUGCGACGAAGCGGCUCGUUCCAGUGCCGACGAAGAAAGUGCUUGAUUACUGGAAAGGUCAGAGAAAGGCGUCAGCGUCCAUCAUGCUCCAAAUGCGACUCAAUAUCAUUGGAUUGAAACGUUACCUUUGGCGAAUUGGAGUUGAAGACUCACCCAGGUGCAGUUGCGACCUCGGACAGCAGCAGCCAAGGCACGUACUGCUGGAGUGCCCUAUCUUCGAGGAUGAACGAAGGGAAAUGCGAGAUAAGCUUACCAAGGCAGGCGUGGACGCAUAUCUCUCAUUCAACCAGCUCAUGACGGAGAAAAAUGCGGUUCCGGCAAUCUCCGCAUUCAUGGAGAAGACCCGUCUGCUCGGGCAAUUCCACAACGUCGACCAAGACGCCAUGGGAUUUGAGCCUGAUCCAGAGCAGCCUGAUCCAGGGCAGCCAGAACGGCAAGAACAACCAGUAUGA